CUUCCCUCCCGAAAACAAACACGACCAACUCAAAUGGAACCAGAACCCUGGGAAGCCCUCGACAUUGAUGAAGCUGAAGACUCUCUUCUCCUCCUUCCAUGCAAACGUAAGAGCUCAAUUUUAAUCUCAUCCACCAACUCCAACAAAUUUGAUCUUCGCCCCUGCUCUUUCAAUCCUACUAUUCCCGGCCCCGCUGGAGCCGUACAGUCGGCAAUGCACCGUAAAAGCUCGAUGAGUAUCGGUGAGGAGCCAAUCCCUACUCAGGAGUACAUAAGAAGAGUUGUGGAGGACCCCUCUCUUCAAAACGACGACGAUUUCGCUCGCGAUCCUUGGCUUUUUGCUGUGGAUUUUGUUCGCCGUCAAGGCUUGGUGGGUGAAGAUGGCGUGGCGAUCGGAACCCCGUUGAGUUGCAUCAAGAAUGGGAUUAAUAUGGAUAAGAUUUCUCAGAUUGUCGCCAUUGUAAAAUCUAGCACCCCGAAUGGCCUUGGCGGUAUGAUGGUGACUUUGAAGGAUCCGACUGGUACAAUUGAUGCAAGCAUUCAUCAUAGAGUCCUUACUGAGAGUGAAUUUUCUAAAGACAUAUCGGUUGGAACAGUGUUAAUACUCCAGAAAGUUGCAGUUUUCUCCCCUUCUCAUUCUACACAUUAUCUUAAUAUAACACUUGGCAACAUAGUCAAGGUCAUCUCUAAGGAUUGUGAAAUUCCGCUAGAUCAAACUUAUCCUUCAUUAAUGGUCAAACAUGCUUCCACUACUGCUGAAAGCAGUGAGAAGUCCUGGGAGCCGCCUAAGACAGUCUGUGUGUCACAAGGAAGAACUGAAGGAAUCUUGAAUUGUCUCAGACAGAAUACUAAUAUGAGAGGGGCUGAACACAAUGACAAAGAAUUGGAAAAAGGAAACGCAUCAGUUUCAAGUAGCUUCUGUGAUGCUGGAGACAGCAGAAACAAUAAUUCAGUUGAAGAGGAGGAAACGAUUGUGGUGAGCGUAGAUGUUGCUGAUGGAAGGAAAGGAACUUCAGUUGACACAGGCACCGACGAUCAUGAGCAAGGGAUUUUGUCAAGUAAGCAGCCUGGCCAUUUAAAUGAGGCAAGAAAAAACAACAUUUUGGGCAAGCUUCAAUGCACAAGUGUUACAGAAAAAGUUAUCGACACCCCUAAUAGUGAAGAAAACGAGAACACUAACGGCGUCAAGAAGCAGAGGCAAAUGCUAAUUUCCAGAGGUUCACUCCCAGAAUGGACAGAUGAACAACUGGAUGAGCUCUUAUCAUUUGAUUGAGAUGAGGGUGGCUUUUCCAUUCACCUACGGACUAUUCAUUUUGUUACAUAGGUAAUGCUGAUAGAUAGCAUGUAAAUUCUGUAGGUUCCUUUUCAUUUGAGAAGAUAAAGAAAUGCUUUGCUACACAAAAGUUGAUAAAGGAUUACGAAGAUCCAUCUAACUGAAUGCAGUGUAUUCAAAAUUCAAAGGAGUUCCUACCAAAUCAAUCGAAUUAGGGAAGAUGGGCAAUUGUGAUUCAUCGUCCCCAUUGAUUCUCUCAACAGUCAUCUUCUCCAAAUAUGGAUGUAAUAUAAUGG